UGGUGAGAUCUGGGCUUUAAUUAGCCAUUUCAAAACGCAGGUUUUUUCUGCAAGAAUUACAGAAUGGAUUCUUACUUGUGAAGUGAUUACUCUGCUGUGACGGAAAACAGCUGUGACGAGGCUGUUUGUGUCUCGGACUCGGAGCAGCAGCCACACCCUCCUCCUCCUCCUCCUCCUCCUCCUCCUCCUCACCGUGCAGCAGCAGGACCAGCAGCAGCAGCAUGAUGCGAUCUAUCCUUACAGUUUUGGCGCUGACAGCAGUCUGCAAUGGCAUCCUGCCUGAGAUAGUAGAGUCGGGAAUCAAUCACAUCGUGGAGGGACCGUCGGAGCUGGACCGCAUAGUUGUACAGCGACUGCAGGAGGAUCCGCAGCAAAAGCCUGAGGAUGCGUUUCUCCAGGCAAACAACAGUGUCAGCCCUCAUCACAAUGACCUUCCUCAGAGUCAUCCCAAUGAGACUGAUAAAACUAAUGAUGAAUCUGUGCACUCCUUAGCAGGACAGGCUACAAACAUUACUGCCACAGUUGUCCCAGCCAUUGACCUGGAUAACAAUAUCAAUCAUGGAUGCAUCACUAAUGAUGACUGUGGGAAAGGAAGGUAUUGCUUCUCUGACACACAGAAGACAAAGUGUCAGUCAUGUAAAGACACUGAUAUGUCUUGUUCUAAAGAUGAGGAGUGCUGUGGUGACCAGAUGUGUGUGUGGGGUCAGUGCAGCCAAAAUGCUACCAAAGGAGAAGCUGGCUGCACUUGUCAAUACCAGGCUGACUGUAAGCCAGAUCUUUGCUGUGCUUUGCAUCAAGCCCUGCUCUUCCCUGUCUGUUCAGCUAAGCCGAUUGAACGUGAACGCUGCUUUGAUGUCUCCAACAACCUGAUGGAGCUUUUGUCCUGGGACAUGCAGGAUAAUAAACCCAGGAAACACUGUCCAUGUGUAGGAGAUCUUCAGUGCCAGCACCUCGGGCGAGGGUCCAUGUGCCUGAAAGCAGAGGACUCAAGUGAAGAGGAUCUGACGGACUCUCUGUACUCAGACAUUGACUACAUUCUUUAGACAAAGCUUGACUGAAUUUACACUCUCAUAAACAGCAUGGAAGAUGUCGCCACUGGCCUAAUUGUUGCACUCUCUUUUUGCCAGCUUAAUCCAAAGUUGUAAAGUUUUAGAGCAAAGAUAAUGGGUAGAAUUAGAGUAAUAAUCACUGAUAAUAUUGCAACAUGAAACAACCUAGUCACAGCUGGGAUUUCUUUUUGAAAUCUAUUGUCUGGUACCAGUUCACAUUAUUUCUCUGAAUGAAAGUCACAGUCAAGCUUGUGUUAUUUCUUGCAUUUUAGGGGCAUUUAGACAAAAACCACCAAUUUAUGCUCUUACACUUUUUUUAUAAGAAGAUAUUUUUUAGCUUUCUUUAGUAAUCAUAGCAUGUAUUGUUUAUUUCUAUGUAUUUCUUAGAAGAUGGCCAAUGUUUGUAUUAUGUCCCCCAGUAGCCUGCUGCACCCACAUUAUUUUUCAAUAUUAUUUGACACAAAUGCUGUUUUGCGGCACCAGUAUUUGUUUUGAGACACUCAAGAGGAAUUCAACCCAGUUUGUACGUUUCUAAGGUUUUUAUUAGCAAACGCCUCAACCAAAUAUAUAUAUUUAAAUUGAUGCAAGAUUCCCAGUGAAGUUCAGAUCUGUGGAGUUUCUAGAUCAAAGCUGCAACCUCUUAAUGUUAUCUUUUAGCUCCCUAACGCUGGAAAAUACACAAACAUCCCUAAAUAAAUUGUUGUAACAGAAUCACUAAAAGAUGAUGCAGCUGGAUGUUUUGACUCCACUCCUUAUUCAUGGCGGUGAAUUGUGUGUAACCCCACUCGCUUGAAAGAGAAGCAACCACAUAUGUUCUCCAGAGUCAUGAUUGCCCAAUAGAAAGGAGGAAACAUCCGAGAAUUUUGCAUCAGUUUCCUGCUGUCCAUUCAUGUAUUCUCUGAAGACUUUGUUUGUAGUUGAUGCCUUUCUUAUAAAACAAAAUGUGGCUUUUUUGUUGCUUUUCAUGUCACAUGGCUGCUAUUUUAAAGUCUUUGUUUUAAGCAAGCUCUGCACUGGUGGUACUCUUUGGUAUUCUGAAGCUUUCUCUGUUGCAAAGAAAUCAAUACAGGUGCAUGUUCUUAGCAGCAAUUCUUUGCACAAAUCCAUCCUGAGACAAAGUGAUUGUGUUUGCAGAUUUGACUUGGAGAUAACUUGCUAAAAACAAGUUUUUUUAGUAACCAGUCUGCUAAUAGUCAUUUUAGCUGGACUCUUCACAGCUUCAACAGUGCUUUUAGCAAUGCUGAAAUAAAGGCAAUUGAUCAUUUUUAUGCCAGGACAAAGUUGUGGGGGGAAACCUUUUAAGCUAAAAAAAAACAUAAUGUAAUACUAUUACGUGUAAUAUAAUAGCAACAUGAAACAGUCCUGCAAAAUCCAAUCUGCAAAAUGUACAACAUAAAUUUGUCACUGCUAAUACGUUAGGCCAUGACUGUAAGAAUAAAAUGUAAGUAUCCUGAACAGAACCACACUUUUUCUGUUAUGGAUUUAGAGAUUGCAUCACUCUGUACUAAGGGAUGUUUUCUCAUAUAUAUUUCCUUGAAAGACUUGCAUGGGAAAAUUGACAAAAUAAAUUUAUAGACCAUAACAUAAAAAAAUGCUGGUUUGUUCACAGUUUUAAAACAAAAGUUAAAGUUAUCCUUUCCAUUUUAAAAAAUGCAUGAAUUUGAUGCUGCCUCGUAAAAGUGUCAGUCACCAUCCUGCCUGGGAAAAAUAAAAAUCUCACCUCAACCUAAA